AUGUGUCCGUUACAAGCAACCUACGAUAUUGCUACUUCAAAAAUAAAGUACACUGAAGGUUUCAUGGUGAUCCCAUAUAAUGGCGAAAUCAUUACAAAGCCAGAGGAAUUUUGGAGUGAUGAUAAUAAACUAUUAGUUACACCUAUCAAUUACAUCCUCUGUGCCAAUUUUAGUGCUCAAACGUGCUUAUUAUUCUUACUUCAAUCCUUUUGGAAUUAUCUUGCAAAUAAUAUAGCAAAAACAACUUUUAUGGGUAGUUUUGAAUUCAAAUCAUAUAUAAUAUACUCCAUAUUCAGUAUGGCCUUAUUUCCAUUACUACAAUGGCUAUUUCGUUAUGAUACUUUAUACACUGAAGUAGUUCCUCAGUUAGCUUAUGGUAUAAUUUUGUUCAUAAUCGGUUUAUUGGGUGUAAGAUCCCAUUGGAGAUUUACAAAAUUAUUGAGAAUUACUAGGAGCGUUAAUUCUUCUCAAUUAUGUAUUGUAUUAAAAUUAGAAUAUUUUAAGGAAAUGAACCGAUAUUUAACUUGGGGUCUUUUUAUUGGUUCUACUGCAAUGAUAAUUUUAUGUGCUGAUGCUUUCACUCCACAAAAAUAUCUCAACUCUCAUAAAUUCACUAUGGAUCUUUUAAUCUGCCAUCUAAAUUUUACAAUUUGGAUAGUAUUUGUUACCUUAAUUCUAAUUUUUUAUCCUUCAUCAAAUACUCUCAAUGAUACUUUAACUAUGGCAAAAGGUAUAGCUUCUACAUUGACCGUUCAAUCAAAAGGAAAUUUAUUGGGUCCACCAAAUCGUAGAUGGUCAAAAUAUAAUCCAAAUAAUGAAGAUAGCUCUUGGUCUUCACAAGGUUCUUCAAGGCAUGAUCGUACGAGUUUGUACUUGGAAGUUCAUGACGAUUCUUCUGCUCGAAAUAAUCAAAAUAAAUCAUCAAGACCUACUUCUGUAACCUUUGAUAUACCACCAUUACCUACUUCUGUAGCAUUUGAUCCAAACGCUCCCCCAUCUGUUUAUAAAAAAUCGUCUGUAUCACGUGAUUCGAGAACUUCUUCUCCGUUUUAUUUUACAUCAAAUACUCUAUUACCAAGUCCAACCUAUCCACCUUCAACCUCAUCAAAUACACAACAAUCUUCCACAAAUCUGCCAUCAUCUAGUGUUACCCCUGAACAUACAAUCAAUUCAAAUAAUAUCAAUAACAACAGACGUUCACUUAAUUUUUCAAAACCUUUACCUGCUGAAUCAUUAAAAUAUCCAUCAUCCCCUCUAACAAAAAUAAAUAGAAAUAGUUUAUCUUCAUUAACGUCGACGGAAAAUCAAAUACCUACUGGAAAUGGUUCAACUUCACAUAAUGAUAGUCAAGAUAUUUCUCCAUUAAUUUCUUCACAAUUAACUCGUAAAGAUUCUUCUAAUGAUUCACUAAAUUCUGAUGAAAUUGAUGAUGAUUUCGAAUUUAUUUCUCGAAAGAAUGCAAGAAUGUCAAUAAUAUCAAAUAAUGAAAAACCAAUAAUUAAAGUUACUACUUCAACAGCUUCAUUUAAACUAUCAACAAAUCUUACUGAUAAUGAUGAAAGUGAUACUGAUGAUAAUAAGGUUACGAAAUUUGGAAAAUCAAUUAUAAUUAAUGAAUUCGAUGAUAAUAAAGAUAAUAAUAAUUCACAAAAACUUUCAAGAAUACCAUCCUCACCUACUUUAUCAAAAUAUUCACCGGAUUCUAGUAAUAAUAUUAUGAAUAAAGUAACACCAAGAACAUCAUCAUUAAAUAAUAAAUUAAUUAAUGGACCAAGAAGAGUUAAAGCUUAUAAUAAUUUAAAAACUGAUGUCGUAGAGAUGGUUAAUUUAAAUUCACCAACUUCUUCAAAUUCUUCAACUGAUUCACCAUUAAUAACUUCACCUAUAUCACCAAAUUCAAUAAAUUCUACUUCACCAACUUCUUCAUCAAUAUCACCAAUUUCUCCAGUUAAUGAUGAUUCAAAAUUACCGAUUAUACCAAUUUCAAAUUUUACAUCUCCUUUAAUUACUACAAAAG